GGAGCGCGGAGCAAAGCGCACGUUCUCGGGAGUUUCGGCACACGUUAUUUAUGUCAUUACGUUAUUCACAUUCACGUUAACCUCCGCAGUCGAAAGAUGGCGGACGACGAUGUGAACGGGGAUUCAGACGACGUGCAGCAGGAGAAGUCGCAGAAGAAAGCGGCCAAGUAUGACAGUGGUGCGGCGGAUUUGGAAAAGGUGACGGAUUACGCCGAAGAGAAGGAGAUCUCGUCGUCGGAUGGAUUUUCUUGUGCCCUCAGCAUAAUCGGUGAUCGUCGUGACAAGGAGGCCGCGGAGAAGAAGGCGAAAGAGAAGGAGCUGCUCAAAGUAUCCAUUAAGAAGGAAGAUGUCGAUUUAAUCAUGAAAGAGAUGGAGAUUAGUCGGAUUUUGGCCGAACAGACUCUCAGGGAACAUAGAGGUGACAUCGUAGAGGCAUUAAUUACGUUAACCAAUUAAAAUUGUACAAAAUGAAAUUAUUCGAGAUCUCGUAUCGCAUCUCUGAAAAUUCCAUUGUAAAAAAUAUUGAAUCGUGAAACUUUUGCUUAUUGAUAUUUACUGAUACGUAUAUUACAUUGUAAGCAAGUAAUAUCUAUAUUUUCGUCGUUUUCUCUCAUGAAUCUGCCUACUUAUUAAAUAAAACGCGCAGUGCUGUGCUAAGUAAACGAUAACGGUAAUGUAUUGUAAUAAUUAUAUAUAUAUAUAUAAAAUAUAUGUGCAUUUAUAUGUGUA